AUAACACGAAACGAAAAAUGAGCAUUGAUGAUGUCAAUUUAAUUGUACAACAAAUUAAAGAAGCAAAUAAACUUUGUAAAGAAGAUACACAAUAUUUAAAAGGAUUGAAUGUACAAUUAAAAAAUCCUGUGUUACCACAACAUGAAAUUGAAACUAGAGCAGGAUCUCGUCCUCUAAAAAAUGAAGAAAUAGAAAGAUUUAAACAAAUAACAUUCAUUAAAAAAGGAUGUUAUGAUUCGGUAGAAGAUAAAAUAAUUAGUAAUAAUUGGAAAGAAUUUUGUAAGUUGCAUAAAUGGGAUUCUAAAAAGGUUGAACCAUUUUUACUCUUGAGAGAAGGAAAUAAAACAUAUAUUCGCAGUAAAAAACAAAGAAGAAAAUUUGUACAAUUUUUAGCUGAUGGUUUGCCAAAUAGAACUUUAUAUAGUGUAUAUCACAGAUUUAGAAAUUUAUAUACAAAUCAUUUUCAAAGAAGGUUUCAUCCAGAAGAAGAUAAAAUGAUUUUGAAUUAUUUAGAACAUAAUGCAAACCUUGAUCAGAAGCGGAAAUAUGCAGAUUUAGCGAAAGUUUUAAAACGAACCCGAGCUUCUAUUUGGCGUCGUUAUGAAUUGCUUAAAAAGAAAAGGCAAAGAGAAUCAGAUCAAAAGAAAUAAAAUCAAAUCAAAUCAAGAAAUAAAAUCUUUAUAAUAUUUAUUUUAAUUUUGUAUAAUGUUUGUAUGUUAAUUAUUG